AUACCGCCUCACGUAGCUCCAGGCACCAGUCACAGCCAGCCAGCCGAGCCAGCAACAUGGAGAAGGAAACUAAGAGCCUCGAAACCAUCAUCGAGAAUAACCUGAGCGGCAACGAUUUGGACGAGUUCAACAGAAUCUACUACGGACGGAAGGAUCAUCAUGCGGUCCCAAUCAAAGAUACCUCGCUAGCAGCAGCCAAGGAGAACAACUUUGAAAUCGCAGCGUACGCCUUCCCAGCCAAAAAGGAGUCUACCAGACCACCUAGAAUCGUCAAGGUCGGCGUCAUCCAGCACUCCACCCCCCUACCCACCGACCGUCCCAUCAACGAGCAGAAGAAUGCUAUCCUCGCGAAAGUCAAGAAGAUGAUCGACGUCGCCGGCCAGGAAGGAGUCAACAUCCUCUGUUUCCAGGAGCUCUGGAACAUGCCCUUCGCGUUCUGCACCCGGGAGAAGCAGCCGUGGUGCGAGUUCGCCGAAUCUGCCGAGGAUGGACCGACUACGAGGUUCCUGAGGGAGCUCUGCAUUAAAUACGCCAUGGUCAUCGUAUCCUCCAUCCUCGAGAGAGACGAGAAGCACGCGGACAUUCUCUGGAACACAGCAGUCGUCAUCAGCGACACAGGUAAGGUGAUCGGCAAGCAUAGGAAGAACCACAUCCCUAGAGUUGGCGACUUCAACGAGUCCAACUACUACAUGGAAGGUAACACCGGUCAUCCAGUCUUCGCGACGCGCUACGGCAAGAUCGCCGUCAACAUCUGCUUCGGCCGCCACCACGUGUUAAACUGGAUGAUGUUCGGCCAGAACGGUGCUGAGAUCGUCUUCAACCCAUCGGCGACCAUCGCGGCGGAAGCGGGCAGCGAGUACAUGUGGAACAUCGAGGCGAGGAACGCUGCCAUCACCAACUGCUAUUUUACGGCGGCUAUCAACAGGGUCGGCUAUGAAGAGUUCCCCAACGAAUUCACGUCUGCGGACGGCAAGCCGGCUCAUAAAGACCUGGGUCUGUUCUACGGCUCCAGCUACUUCUGCGGCCCCGACGGGGUGAGGUGCCCAGGGUUGUCGCGCACCAAGGAUGGUCUUCUGAUCUCUGUAAUGGAUCUGAACAUGAACAGACAGAUCAGGGACCGCCGCUGCUACUAUAUGACUCAGCGCCUAGACAUGUACGUUGAUAGCCUCAAGAAGGUUCUAGAUCUCGAAUUCAAGCCCCAGGUUGUCCACGAGAACGAGAAAUGAAAACUUCUACCGAUUUAACUCCCGUUUUUAAUGAAUAUAGUAUUUUUUAAUCUAA